AUGAAUGGAUGCAUGUUAGUAGGGAAGGACCGAAACUGCAUCGAGGUCGACGUCUAUGGUGUCUACUCUGCACUGGCACCAAUUGGUGUCGAUAAGACUGCAGGUGGACCAGACGCCUGCUCCACCUCUCCUCAACGUCCCUCACCCCUGGGUGAGGGAGACAGCGCUGAAGCCAUCAAUGCCGCUUGCAAGCGAACCUGA